AUGUGCACCAAAUUGAAUAUAGCUAACUCUAAUUCAAAUGUAAUGCUCUAUUUGAAGUUAAGAGAAGGCGGUUGUGACAAAGCCUAAGCUCGCUUAUUUUGCAGGAAGAACUUUUGCCAAGUAGAACAAAUGUUAUAUAACAAGAUCGAUUAAACCCAAAAGUCAAUUGGACCAGCAGGCCACAAGGUUCUCAAAUUACUACCCAACCGUCUACAAGGAGAUCGAGGAUGGCAACCUGGAUUCAUGAUGAAAUACGAUCUUGGCAGUGGUUAUAGAGACUCCAAAGAUCUAGUAGAGGAAUAAACUCCAGCUGAAGAAGCCAUUUUGAAGCAAUAUGAUAAAUAUGAAAAAAAGAAGAGUGCUGCACUCUUAUAGAAAAUGUUAGCUGUUAAGAAUUAUGCCGAUUCCCUCAAACCUCCCAAGAUAGAUGUCUUCACUAAAGACAGCAUUGAUAGGAUAAGAAAGAUAUCUUAAGACUUACAUGAAAACCAAUAAAAACCUAAAAAAUACUACUAAUAAGGAGAUAUCAAAUUUUAUGCACUCGCUGAUUAUAUUACUACAAAUCGCUCAGGGUCAUUAAAUGAUCUCAGAAUCAAUUUUGAUCCCAUUACCAACACAUAACUAAAAUUAAAAACAGAAAAUUCUUAAUACUUAAGUCCAACCAAAUGCUUUAAAAGGUAGGCAACCAUAAGUAAUAUUGAAAAAGGAGCCAAUCUUAUUAUGGCCUUUUAGAAUUAAACUCCUAUUAAUGAAGAAUUAGAUACGAAAUCCUCUUUUCCGAAUACUGAAGUGGCAUCCUCACUUUUAAGACUCAAUCCUCAUAAAUUAGAAUUGGCAGAAGAAUUCAAUUCAACUUAAUAUUUAUUCACUCCAUCUAGUUCUCACACAAGAUAAACAAGCCAAAUUGACUAGAAUGACCAUGCAGUUAAGUGUUUUGUAUAAUAAUUUUAUGACAAACAAUACAAUGACAAAGUUAUUCCAUCUACAAAGAGGAAUCUAAGGUUGAGGACUAUCGAAAAUAGUGAAAUACAGAAAAUUGAACAAUCGAAAUAUCUAAAAAAAAGACAAUAGAAAAGAUUAAGCAUGUGA